AUGAGCUGCUUGGAUGUGAUGUACCAAGUGUUUGGACCUCAGCCUUAUUUCAGCUCCUACAGCCCCUACCACCACCAGAAACUGGCUUUGUAUUCCAAAAUGCAAGACCCUCAGGACGGCAGCAGCCGGCUGGGGCCCCCGGGACCCCCGGCCAUCAAAGAGGAGGACAAGGAGCUGCCGCCGGGCGCCGAGUACCUGAACUCCCGCUGCGUCCUCUUCACCUACUUCCAGGGCGACAUCAGCGCCGUGGUGGACGAGCACUUCAGCCGAGCCCUGAGCCAGUCCACCGCCUACCCCCCCCCCAGCAGCCACAAGGCCCCCAGAGACGGCUCCUUCCCCAUGAGUCAGAGGAGUUUCCCCCCCUCCUUCUGGAACAGCUCCUACCAGCCGUCCGUCUCCUCCACCCUGGGCAGCGCUCUGUCUGCCUCCCACACAGAGCUCUCCUUCCCUGCGGACCCCUACUCCUCGGCCUCCCUGCACGGUCACCUCCACCAGCCCGGCCCCGACGCCUGGCACCCCUCCCACCACAACCACCACCAUCACCACCACCACCCCUACUCGCUAGGGGGCGCUAUAGGCGCUCAGGGGUCGGCGUACCCUCGCGCGGGCGUCCACGAGAUGUACGGCACGGCGUUCGACCCUCGCUACGGCUCCCUGCUGGUGCCGUCGGUGAGGCCGCACCACCGCCUGACCUCCGGCAGCUCCGUACCGGGGCCCAGCGCCUCGCCGUGCGACCUGGGGGGGAAGGGGGAGUCGGGGACGGGGUCGGCCUGGAGCGGAGCCUUCACCGGAGCCGGAGAGAUCGGACUGAACAUGGACACAGGUCUCCAGACGCAGGAUAAGAGCAAGGACUUCUCUGCGUUACGGCGGCAGCCUGUGCAGCAGCAGCAGCAGCAGCAGCAGCAGCAGCGCAGCCCUGCUGAGCUGAACCCAAACCCAGAGGACACCGAGCCGGCGUGGACCGGCACAGAAGAGACGAAGAGGACGGAGGAUCUGAUCAGGACGGAUGUGGACGAAGACGGAACAGAGUCUUUGUGCUUCUGUAACGGAAAGGGACAACAUUCCUAA